AUGUCGGUGAAUCUCACUGCGAACGCUAUUCCGGCGAUAAUCAGCGGCGACGUUAACGCGAAACCGUUGCUACAAAUUCUCGAGAUUUCAUCAGUUGUAAGUAACAAAAACUCUCAGCAGCAGAGAUACCGCGUUCUUCUCUCCGACGCCGUUUCUUCUCACCACGCUAUGCUCGCUGCUCAACUCAACAACCUAGUCACCACCGGACGUGUUAAGAGUGGCUCCAUCGUUCAGCUUCUCGAUUACAUAUGCACUUUAUUCCAGAAUCGCAAGAUUAUUAUGGUCCUCAACAUGGAAUCCAUAAUACCUGAUUGUGAGAUCAUUGGAAGUCCAAAGCCAUUUGUGGAUUCAGAAUUACCAGUUCAGAAAGCAUUGCGUGAUAACACUGUGGGGAGUUCGAUCAACAACAAUAAUAUUAAUAACACUUAUAAUAAUAAUGGUAAUAUUUUGGCUGCUCAAAAUACAGGUAGUACUAAUGUGCAGAAUUUCAGGCCAACAAUUCAACCUUCAUACAAACCUCCUCCGGUUUACAAAGGCCGUGGUGCUGUUAUGAAGAACGAGGCGCCGGCACGUACAAUACCGAUAGCUGCUUUAAAUCCAUAUCAAGGUAGGUGGGCAAUCAGGGCAAGAGUUACUGCUAAAGGGGAUUUGCGCCGGUAUAACAAUGCUCGUGGAGAUGGAAAAGUCUUCUCGUUUGAUCUCCUUGAUUCUGAUGGUGGUGAAAUCCGUGUAACAUGCUUUAAUGCUAUUGUUGACCGCUUCUAUGAUACAAUUGAGGUUGGCAAAGUUUACUUGAUAUCCAAAGGUAACUUGAAACCUGCACAGAAGAAUUUCAACCAUUUGAAGAAUGAAUGGGAAAUUAUGCUGGAUUUAAAUUCCACAGUUGAGCUUUGCCCAGACGAGGAUGGUUCGAUACCUAAACAGCAAUUCUCCUUCCGGCCUAUCAGUGACAUUGAGAAUGUCGAGAGUAAUGCUAUCCUUGAUGUUAUUGGGGUUGUUACAUCUGUGAAUCCUUCAGUUCCCAUCUUAAGGAAGAAUGGAAUGGAAACACUGCGAAGGAUUUUGAAUCUGAAGGACAAUUCUGGCAGGAGUGUUGAGCUAACACUCUGGGGUGAAUUCUGCAACAGGGAAGGACAAAAGCUGCAAGAGAUGGUAGAUUCUGGUGUUUUCCCCAUUUUGGCGGUAAAGGCUGGGAAGGUGAAUGAAUUCAGUGGAAAGUCUAUAGGCUCUAUUUCCACUACGCAGCUUUUCAUAAAUCCAGAUUUCCCUGAGGCUCAAAGCUUACGAGCCUGGUUUGAUCAAGUUGGAAAAGAUUCUGCUUCUCUAUCCAUUUCUAAGGACAUUACUCACGGAGGACCGAAGAAUGAGAUACGCAAAACUGUGUCUCAAAUCAAAGACGAAGGACUGGGGCGUUCAGACAAGCCGGACUGGAUAACAAUAAGGGCAACCAUAUCAUUCAUAAAGACUGAUACAUUUUGUUACACAGCUUGCCCUCUGAUGAUUGGAGAUCGACAAUGCAAUAAGAAAGUGACAAGGUCAGGAGACACAAGAUGGCAAUGUGAUAGAUGCAACCAGGAGUUCGAGGAAUGCGAUUAUCGGUACCUUCUCCAAGCUCAAAUUCAGGAUCAUACUGGAUUAACUUGGGUAACUGCUUUCCAGGAAGGAGGAGAAGAGAUUAUGGGGUACCCAGCAAAAGAGCUGUAUACACUGAAGUAUGAACAGGAGGAUGAUGAAAGGUUUGGCGAUAUAGUCAAGAGUAGACUCUUCAAUCACUAUGUAUUUAGGCUGAAAAUCAAAGAGGAAUUAUAUGGGGAAGAACAGAAGGUAAAGAGCACAGUAGUUAAGGCAGAUAAGGUGAACUAUUCUGCAGAGAGUAGAUACAUGCUUGAUUUGAUUUCCAAGUUCGGUAGGAAGUAA